AUGGAGAACAAAUCUUUUGGGUUCAGGUCUGAGUUAACCCUCGACCCAUUUGUUAUUCCACCUGGAGGAAAGUAUCCCAUAUUUUUUCUUGGUCUUGUGAUUUAUUUUUUUGCCAUUUUUUGCAACCUGAUCUUGUUGACUUUGAUCAUUCUGAAAAGGAACCUUCACAAACCCAUGUAUUUCAUCCUGUUUAGUCUUCCCCUCAAUGAUCUGAUAGGCAUAACUGCAAUGCUACCAAAGGUUAUUUCAGACAUUGUUACAGAAACAAAUAAGGUUUACUAUCCUCUCUGUGUUUUGCAAGCAUUCUUGCUCCACAUGUAUGGCGGUGGAGUUUUGUUUAUACUUGCAGCAAUGUCUUUUGAUCGUUAUGCUGCCAUUUGCAUGCCGUUACGCUACAACUCUGUUAUGACCCCCAGAUUUGUUAUUUGCAUUAUCUCUCUAGUUUGGGGUCUUGACUUUGUCUUGAUUGUAUCAUUGUUCUCUUUACAGGCAAGGCUUCCCAGGUGCAAUUCUCUGAUUAUGAAUGUAUUCUGUGAUAACCCAUCUCUACUGAAGCUCACAUGUGAAAACACAACAGUCAGUAAUAUCAUAGGAUUAUUUAACACAGCUGUAAUGCAAGCUGUAAGUGUGUCUAUUCAGGCUUUUUCCUAUGUGAAGAUUCUGAUCACAUGUGUGUUUACAAGGAGGUCUGAAGCAAAGACGAAAGCUGUCAAUACGUGUGUUGCCCAGUUGCUUAUUUUAAUCAUAUUUGAAAUUGUGGGAACUUUCACAAUUUUAUCUCAUAGGUUCAAAAAUGUCUCAGCUGACUUGCAAAAGAUAAUGGGCAUGUUAAUAUUUAUUGUACCUCCACUUCUGAAUCCAAUUGUAUAUGGGCUGUAUACAAGUGAAAUACGAAACACUCUCCUGAGUGUCUUAAAAAAUAGAGUAUCCGUCUAAGCACUGAAUUUUGUCUUUUUGAACUGCAGUCACAAUCAAUCUGUUGUCUCAGAUAGUCUUUCUGAUAGUGUAAACAAAAUCAACUAUGCACGAGACAAUAGCAAGUGCAUAAAGUUGAACAAAAACGUAAAUCACUUUUAA